AUGGUUGAUUUGGGACUAAUACCAAGUGUUGAAGACACAAAGGUAGUGUACUACGACACGGUUCACAAAUCAAAAGAAGAUUCGGAUAAGCAAGUGAGAUUCCAAAAAAAUUCGGAGAACGCAGUAUACUAUGAGGAAUUUACAUUCUAUAAUGGACCUAUAAUCUUUCACAGUCUGGUAAUAUUGGAUGAAGGUGCAAGUGUAAGUCUUAAAUUGGAAGAAAGGACAGUGGAUUUCGUAUCGGAAACGUCAGUAAAACCGGAAGGAAGUGACUUGAGAGUGUUUGUAAGGUUAGUGGACGAAAAAGGGUUAUUGAAGUACAAACAGCUGAGCUUGGUUGACAAUUAUGGAAAGAAUAUGGUAUUCGUGGACACUGAGUCACUGGAAUCGAAGAGUAGGAUAUUCGUGGACAGGAUUCUGGUAGUAGGAAGCUUCAAAGCAAUAUCGUACCUGGUGCUGGCGUUUAAAAAGAGCUUCAAAAGGUUCGCAACGUGGAACACGUUUAACAAGAAUGUGUACUACGGAAAGGAAAUACUGGACUUGAACAAGCACACAAUAGCAUCGGAGAGCCUGUGUGAGCAGAUAACGAACGGAAGCGGAGGGUGGAGCGGCAGUAAGGGAUUUAAGGAGACGAGAAGCGGAACAUAUAAGACGAUGCACGAACUGACAAACUACCUGAUGGUUAACGAGCAGUACGAAAAGAUACAGAACCUGAAGAAAAACUUAAAUUACCUGGUGGACGUGGACAAGUCAGGAAAGAGAAUGGACGAGACGAUAGCAAUGCUGAGUAAGUUCGCGUGCAACGAGCUGCUCUUCAAGGAGUACCUGGACUACAACACGCUGGAGACGCUGACAAAGUUCGUGUACACGAACAUGGAGUAUGAGCAGGAGGACCACAACUUCAGGCUGAUGAAGCUGCUGACGCACGACGCUAGGAUAGCGAAGUACCUGCUGAACAGCCUGCAGUUCGGGAGGACGCUGGAGCUGGUAUUCUCGGAAGACUCGACGCUGGAGCAGAAAAAAUGCCUGCUGGACCUGCUGCUUAUACUGCUCUCGGACCCGGGGUGCAUAGCGAGGUUCCUGUCGAACGAGAGUUACGAAAGAGGCUUCUCCUACGACUACUUCGUCAACAACAUACACACCUCGGAGGCUGUGGGAAGCGUGUACCUGAGGUGGCUGGAGGACAUAGGAGGGAACCUGGAGCUGUACCAGUCGCUGACGCAGACGCAGACGCUGUACAACAAGGUGGCGAAGGAGCCGAUGGAGUUCGGAAAGGGCCUGGACGAGAACAUGAAGAGCCUGUCGAUAGCAGUGAACCACUCAAUAGACGCGGCGAUUAAGAAGAGUAAGAAGAAGGAGGACUGGACGUACAAUAAGAUCAGGUUCGUCAAAAACUACGUGGUGACGUGCAUGAGGGAGCUGCAGUUCGUUAAGGCGCUGGAGCACCUGCUGAGCAUGGUCCACCGGCGCCUGGCGGACUUCCCAGUGCUGAGUCUGGACGUGAAGGCGUUCGUGGACAAGCCGCUCAAGUUCAUACAGAGCUACGAGGAGUACUUCCAGUUCAAGGAGAGCAUAACGACGCUGUACCAAAUAGGCUCUCUGGUGACUAAGCUGAGCGGGCCACUAAGUGGAACGGUGAGGAGCGGCUUCCCGUACCUGCAGGAGUCGGCGCGAGACUACUUUGAGGCGACGUCGAAGAAGUGCCUGAACAUGCUGCUCUACGGGAAGGUGCUCUCGCUGCUGUCGUUCACGAUCAGCCAGGGCUCAUUCGACGCAACAAUAGAGCAAAUGGAGGCGUUUUCGAGGCAAUAUGAGGAUUUUUACUCAGUCUUCAGCAAGAUCAUGGAAAAGCAGACGAUAUCGAAUUUUAUACUGAAGUCACUUAACUCGUACGUGAUCCUAGUGAGGGAGGACACGCCGCCGGCGAUAAUGAAUAAAAUAAGUAAAAAUGUUUCACUCUUGGUAAACGUGAUAUGUAAAACAAUAUACAGAGAAAGAAACCAUAACAUACUGUCGGAGUUUGGAAGAGGGUUCGCGCACUUCAUGGAGUACUGCCUGCCGAAGUUGACGAAUAAAAAGGGGUACCUGGACACGCACCUGGCGGAGAAGUGCGUAUCAGUUUAUAACAACGUGCACAGCUUCGCAAACUUUAACGCGGAAGCGCAGCAGAAGGAAGUGAUAGAGGACGUGGAAGACUUCAUAUGGGCAGUAGUGAAGCACUUGGGGCUAGAGAACACGAAGAUAGCGAUGUUGACAAGAAACGGGAACAAGAAGCAGAAGCGGGGCGACCAGAAGAGCGUGUCUUCACUGUACUUUGACCUCAUGAAGGUGAAAAACAUAGAGUGGCACCUGGCUAGCACGUGUGGAGCGGAGAGAGCGAAGCAGCUGGGAGUGCAGCUGGACACGUUCAAGUACUACGAGAGCGUCGGCCUGGCAGUGGUGCCGCCAGACGGAAUGCCCGCGGAACUGGACUACGCACUCUCGUAUCUGAUAACACUGGCACAGACGAGGGAUACUGGGCACCUCUUCAAGGGACUCAUGGACAAGGAGAGCCCAAAGCCGCUUCUGGGGAUAUGGCUGUACGUCCUGUCCUCGCUGAAGCCCGAUCUGAACACGCUGGUCAACGCAGAAGUUAACGCGUUCUCGUCCCUGGUGGGAUACUCGUGGAUAGAGAACUUGAACAAGUGCGUGUCGACGUUGAGUAAGGCAGCGUACCUGUGCUACUUGGGGCUGCGGCACCUGUCAGCGGAUACAAUACCAGAAUUGGGAGAAUCGAGGGCCGAAAACAGCGUGUACACAUCAAUUGAAGAGUCGGAGAGUCUUAACCUGCACUACCUUAACGACGAGCUGCUUAACUGCCUGAUACUGUCGAGCACGCACGUGGCGGCGCUGAGCCGAAUGGACACGGAGCGCAGCAAAAACUACACGGAGACGCUGUCGGGGGUUACGUACUACUGGUUCAAGAGGUUCAAGAGGUCGCGCUCAUACAUGAUGAACUACCUGAUGGAAACAGCAACGGUGCUGCCGAGCAUGUACGAAGGGGUGGCAUUCUUGAUAGUCGCGUGUAAACCCUUCACCAGCCUUAGAACGGACAUGUCGUACAGCCAGUUAAGAGUAAAAGGGAAAGAGGCCACGUCUACAAAGCAAAGGAGAUUAAAUGGAGGAAGGUUGGAAGGUAAAUUGGAAGAAGGAAGAUCCAAGGAGUUUGUAAACGAAUUGGAUGAUGGAUUGAGCGUGGAAGAAGGUAAAUUAAACGAAGGAAUGGAAAAUGAGUCAAGCGCUUCAGAAGAAAUGGAAAUAGACGCUGGGAAGAAAGAAAAUGAAGAGUUUGAGGACGAAAUGGAAAAUGACCAGCUUGACGGUGAAAAGGACAAUGAACAACCGGAACCAGAAGGGGAAAGAAUGAGUGAUAAUAGGAAUUUGGAAGAUAAAAGCCCGGGUAGAAGCGAGGAUGAGGAGAGGAAAACGGUCUUGUGCAAUGAUAGGACGUUUACAUUCCACGAUGAAACGUACGAGUUGGACCUGAAAAAAUACGACAGCGGGUCCAAGGGGGUAAUGAACAAGGUGAGCAUGCUGUAUAAGGACCUGGAUAAGAAGGUGUUCAUGGAGUUCAUCUGCACAGUGUGCACGCAAUCGAAUUCAGUGGACCCAGGGGCGCUGAUAUCGUCCUCGUACCUGUACUACCUUUUGUUUAUUAACGAAGCGCCGCUGCUGGAGUUCGCAAGGACGGUGCUGCGAGACAUGGAGGACCUGAACUCGAGGCUCAGAGCACUGGUCUUCUACACAAACGUGUUUCGAGUGUACACGAUCGACAUCGUCAAGAGAGUCGAGUCGGUGUUCGGAUUAAACUGCGACUUCAUGGACGCCAUCACGAGCGUCGUCAAGAGGCCCGAUCUGCCGCUGUACGCGUACCCGGUGGUGCUGGAGGCGAUCUACACGACGACGGCGUGCCAGAACAAGCACCUGGCGUUGGACAAGACGAGGCUGAUAGGGCACAGGAAGUUCAGGCACUACAUGAGUAGCAUGAGCACGUGCGUGGCGUGGCUGUUCAGAGCAGUCAACAGCGUUAAGUUCGACUUCUUCAAAAGCGGAGUCUCCGAGAAUGAGGAAGGAGCAGAGUCUUUGGACGCAGAUGCGCUGCUAUUCGCAUUAUACACAAUAUGGACUGCAUUUCAGGUGCCAUUUAACGCGCUGACGAUGAUGUACUCGCUGCACGAGGCGACGGAGUUCUCAGGCCGCGUGAACCACGAGAGCCUGAAGGUGAACAACCUGGCGGACGCGCUGAGAGAGCUGUGCACAGAGCCGGAAAAACUCUCACCGGAGUCGGCGUUUAAGCUGGCGCACAGCUACCACAUGCUGCUGAGCAUAUACAACGCAAUACUGCAAACGGGCAAGGAGCAGGACAUAGUGGUGCUGCACAUGGCGCUUAACGUGCCCUACGAGCAGCUGACGCAGACGAAGAGGCCCGAGGACCUCUUCGACACGACGCUCACGGCGCUGGAGGCGCUGCUGGAGCACGUCAAGGCCUCGGAGGGGCUGAAGCACGUGGCGGCGCAGGUGCUGCUGGUGAAGACGGGCUUCGAGGAGCUGAAGGCGGCGCUGCUGGAAAGGUACCAGCCGAGAGUCGCGAGGUCAGUGGCGCUGGCCUCACUGUUUGAACAGCCGACGCCCGAAAAGACGCUCUUCUACCACACGGCCACUCUGACGUCGUUUGCAGAGACGCUGGUGCCGACGAUCAGGAGCUACAGGGCCUGGAGGCACUGGGUGAGCCUGGUGUCGGUGGCGCCGUUCGAAGUGGACUACGAGCGUAGGGACUCGUUCCUGCCCUUCACGAAAAACGUCGACUUCGAGCACGAGCUGGAGUACCCGGAGUUCGACGAGGACAUAGGCAGCCUGAGGUUCGAGGUGAGGCUCGCAAAGCCGCGGAUGCCGAGGUCAGUGGUCACGGUGGACCAGUGGAAAGAGUUCGAGAGGCAGCUGAUGGAGCGGGGGCUGGACCUGGCGGAGCUGGUGAGGAACCCCUCGACGCUCCUGGACCCGAAGCAGAGGAGGCUCUUCCUGCGUGCGCUGCUGAAGAACAGGCAUAUGUACGAGCACGUGACGAAGCUGGGCGUGGACGUGUUCAACUAG